AUAGAUAUACAUACAAACAAACCAACAAACAAACAAACAAACAAACGAAUAUGCAACUAAUUUAAUUAUAUAAAUUUAUCGACGACAACUGAAAGCUAGAACAAUGCACAAUGGGCAUAAACCCAGUAAAUCGUUGAAAAUUAUGUGACAAUGGAAAAUGAGUUCUAAUAAACAUGUAAAUAAAUGCUGCCAAAUAAACAACAACAACAACAACAACUGAAAUGCAUGUAACGCACAAAAACAACAACCAAAUCGAAACAGAGAAGCUUGCAACAGAGAACAAAUGCAACAACAGCAACAAAAACAACAACAACAACAGCAUCUGCAACAACAACAACAAUAAAUAUAACAACAAACAACAUUAUUAACCAGCUCUGUUCACAACUGUAACAGCAGCAACAACAAGGUCGCUGCCACGCCCCAGAACGCCCUCGACACCAGCGCGCAGAGGGAAAUGAGAUGAAGUGGUUUCAAGUGACCAUAGAUAUGAUUCUUGUGCUUUCAUUUAUAUCAAGCAGCACAGCGAAUCCGGACGCGAAGCGACUCUACGACGAUCUGCUCAGCAACUACAACAAACUAGUGCGUCCCGUGGUGAAUGUGACGGAUGCGCUCACGGUGCGCAUCAAACUGAAGCUAUCGCAACUGAUUGAUGUCAAUCUGAAGAACCAAAUUAUGACCACCAACCUAUGGGUGGAGCAAUCCUGGUACGACUACAAGCUCAAAUGGGAGCCCAAGGAAUAUGGCGGCGUCGAAAUGCUGCACGUGCCCUCCGAUCACAUUUGGCGCCCGGACAUUGUUCUCUACAACAACGCUGAUGGCAACUUUGAGGUGACGCUGGCCACAAAGGCAACACUGAACUACACAGGGCGCGUCGAGUGGCGGCCGCCGGCCAUUUACAAGAGCUCCUGCGAAAUCGAUGUCGAGUACUUUCCCUUCGACGAGCAAACAUGCGUCAUGAAGUUCGGCAGCUGGACAUACGACGGAUUCCAGGUGGAUCUGCGUCACAUCGAUGAACUGAACGGCACCAAUGUGGUUGAAGUGGGCGUGGAUCUGUCUGAGUUCUACACGUCCGUUGAAUGGGAUAUACUUGAAGUUCCUGCAGUGCGAAAUGAAAAAUUCUAUACGUGCUGCGAUGAGCCAUAUCUGGAUAUAACAUUUAACAUCACCAUGAGACGAAAGACGCUCUUCUACACGGUCAACCUGAUCAUACCCUGCAUGGGCAUCAGUUUUUUAACGAUUUUGGUAUUUUACCUGCCAUCGGAUAGCGGCGAAAAGGUCUCAUUAAGCAUAUCCAUUCUGCUGUCGCUCACUGUGUUCUUCCUGCUGCUGGCGGAAAUCAUUCCGCCCACGUCGCUGGUGGUGCCGCUGCUCGGCAAAUUUGUGCUCUUCACAAUGAUACUGGAUACGUUUAGCAUCUGUGUAACAGUGCUGGUGCUCAACAUCCAUUUCCGGUCACCGCAGACCCACACGAUGGCGCCCUGGGUGCGCACGGUGUUCAUCAAUCAGCUGCCGCGUUUCCUAGUGAUGCGUCGACCACUCUACCCGAUCAGCGAAAUGAUCAAGUCGUCGCGCCGCCUCAUGGUGCGCACCUGCAAUGGACUUGAGCUGAGGGAUCAAAUACCACCGCUGCCACCGCCUGUGGCUCUGUCCCGCAUGCAUCACAGCCCAAAGACCACGUCGCGCAGCACCUCGCCGCAUCUACAGCACCGGGUGCAGGCCAUGAGCCUGAUGGACGAGCUGGGCACUGUGGGCGGCUGCGGCGGUGCAUCGACGAUCACUGGGCACCUGAGCUCGCUGUAUCCGCCGACCAUCUCGACAGUCAAUCAGCAGACCUCGACCACAUCCUCCCUGAUUGAUGCCCAGUACCAUAAUCAGUAUCAGCAGACGGGCGGCUCCCUGCUGGAUCAUCCGCUGACGCCGACCAAGUUCCGUCAGAUGACCUCCACCUCUAGCCAGACGGGCCAAAACGGAUCGGGUCAUCAUCAUUAUAAUGUCGGCGGUGGAUGUGGUGGCGGAGGUGGUGCUGGUAGUGCUGGCGGCGGUGCUGGGAAGAGCAUCUCCACCACCGCACUGGCGCACCAGGCCAGCCAAGUAGGUAGCUAUCAUCUGUACCGACAGCAGUCGAGCUGCUCGGCCAACUUCUCGCCAUUGCCAUUGCAUGCGCACCAGGUGCAUGCCUCGACGACCACCUGUGACCUGGGCCUGGGCGGUAACCACAAUCCCAAUGUGAUAAAGUCCACGACGACGGUCAACUCGGUGGCCACCGCCUCCACGCUGGCCGAUUCCUGCUGCAGCGGCACCAUACAGAUCCAUCAGGGCAUGGGCGCCGGCGCCGCCUGCCAAUCCUCAGAGCUGCUGCACAUGCACCGACCCACCACCUCUGCCGCCGCCGCCGCGGCAGCAGCAUCGGCUUCGGCAUCGGCAUCGGCAUCAGCAUCGGCAUCGGGCGCCAGCACAUCGGCAGCUGCUGCGGCGGCUGCAGCGGCGGCUGCAUCAGGGGCGGGUGGUCUCACGCCGCCCCCUCCACCGCCGCCGGCCUGUGAUAUACUGCCCGCCUGCCAGCGCGAAGGCGGCCCCCACUGCUGUUCGGGGCGUGGCAAUGUACGCCAGCGCUGGCACACCUGCCCGGAGCUCCACAAAGCCAUGGACGGCGUCACGUACAUCGCGGAUCAGACGCGCAAAGAGGAGGAGAGCACACGGGUCAAAGAGGACUGGAAAUAUGUUGCUAUGGUACUGGAUCGUCUCUUCCUUUGGAUAUUCACAAUAGCCGUUGUCGUGGGCACGGCGGGCAUUAUCCUGCAGGCGCCCACACUCUACGACACUCGCGUGCCCAUUGACAUCAAACUGUCGGAGAUUGCCUCCACGACGGCCAAGCCAAAUGUGGCGAGGCCCGUGUUGUAAGUCCCGCAAGGUCCGAAACACCCACACACACACACAUUCACACCCAUACACAGAUACGGACACACGCGUAUACACACCUACGCACGCACACACACACACACACACUCACAUAUACAUACACAUACCCGUGCCCACAUACGGACAGUCUGAAAAAAAAAAAACAAAAAACAAAAAACAAGAUGAGAUUUCGCAUUUGUUUUACUUUUUUUGUAUCGUGACAACUGCAGCAAUCACGACAACAACAACAACAAAGCAAACAACAAACAAGCAAGCAAACAACAACUAUAACUAUAACACAGAUAUCGUAAAGAAAAGUAUUUGUUAUAUAGUACAUAUGUCUGUACUUACAUAAAUGUAUUCAUAGGUAAAGAAACCCUAAAUAAUAAUAACUAAAAUUGUACACUAAUGUUUAGCAAAUACAACAACAUCUACAACAAAAGGAAAAACAAGGCACAAAAUAAGAAAGAAAAAAACAAAAACAAAAAAAAAAAAAUUAAAAACUUAACAACGCGAGGAACAAAUUAUACAAAGUUUGACCUUAUGCUCUUCCGGAAAUUGAAUUGGAACAAAUUUCUGAUUAGUAAAUAUCGGAAGGAUCAGUUUUUAGAAAUUGUUUGUUUUUAUGUCGUUUUAUGAACUAGAAACUGUUCACUCACACACAUACAUGCAUACACAGAAAUAAGUCAGUUCGUUAGCUGAUCCGCAUAUAAAAGAACUGAUUCCUUUUUGAUUCGCACUUCGUUAGCCGGUCAUCGAUAGGCGAUAUCCUUGCAAUUGAACUGUAAUUGUCAACUGGACUGUAAUUGAUAAUUGUUGUUUUCUGGGACGGCAUUUAAAAUUUAAUAAAUAUAACAGAUGUUAGUCGAAAUGUUACUUAGCUAGCUAAACUAAAGCAGAAUCAUAUACAAUACGCAUACAUACAUAUAUUUGUAUUUUUCUUUGAAAGUGCCAGAGGCGACAGUUGAAUGCAGAAUAUGAGAGAAUGAGUUGUUGAGCUUUCGAGCUGCAAAUGAUGCAUGCAAAUUAGUGCAAAUAAACAGUGUACGAUGCGCCUUGCGGCAAUUAGUUAGCACAAAGCUUUAGUUAUUAUGCCCAAGUGUGCGUGUUUCAAGUGUUGCUGUGCGUGUGUGCACCAGUAUGUGUGCCAGUGGCUGCAUACAUAUACAGACGUGCAUACAUGCAUAUGCGUGCUUACACAAAUACACAGAUAGUAAAUAAUCACCAUUUUGAAUUCAAAUUCAAUUUUGGCACACAUCAGCUGCGCGCGCGUGCAACGCGCCUAAUUGGCCACAGCCGCCAAUAUUAACCAG